AUGCUCGGAAAAACGAAGAGACUGAAGCAAAAACAUGAUGAGGUUCCUCACACAAACCCAGCCCUUCCAUCUCCUCAAGUCCAGCAACCACAGCUACAACCAACUGUGUCCAAUAACAACUGCUGCUUUGUUCAUUAUCAACCGGAUCUGACGCAGGCCGAGGAUAUCACGUAUAGUUCUUGUCAACCGAAACCCAAGGUUGAGACAAGUGAUUAUUUCGAUUCUCAGUCAGCAAAGUCAAUAGGCAAGUUCUUCUCCGAAGCUGCACCUGAGCCUGGUGUUCUCCAUUUAUCAUCUUUGAAGGAGAUGGUUGUGUUUUCCCAUGGGCCCGGGGCUGUAAUGCCUACGUACGAAGCUGUUCUGCAGGAGCAACUAAGAGAAACUGAGAACCGCACAAAGGAACUCAAGCAAGAGUGGCAAACAAGUGGCUGCACUGUAAUUGUGCAUAGUUGGAAGAGCAAGUGUACCAAAAGCUUCGUAAGUGUCCUGGUGCACUGCAGCAAAGGUACGCUGUUCCUCAGAUCCAUUGACGUCUCUGAAAUCACUGAGGACUUUGAUGAGCUAGAAUCAAUGCUUUCUCGCGUGGUUGAAGAUGUUGGUGCUCAUAACAUUGUUCAGAUUGUCAUGAAUGACGUGUCACCCCAUAUGCAGAUGGCACGGCAGUAUGUGCUAGAUAAAUAUGAUAGUUUUUUCUUCACACUAUGUGCUGACCAUUGCAUCAACCUUCUGCUUGAGAAAAUAGCAGCGCUCAAGCAUGUGAGUGAAGUCCUAAUGAAGGCAAGGGAAAUUACAUGGUUUUUAUAUGACCAUGCACUGCCAAUGAAACUGAAAGGAAGGUAUGUUCAGGAGGAGAUUUUGAGCAGUUCUUAUUUAAAAUUUGUGGCAAUGUUCAUCACAUUAGAGAGGUUAGUUUCUGCAAGAGUAGAUCUGGUGCAGAUGUUAAACUCGCCUGUAUGGGUUUCCUCUGGUUGGGCUUGUCUUGACUUGUUCAAGCGUAUCCAGAGCAUAGUAAAGACAGAUGAUGAAUUUUGGAAUGCUGCUGCAGAAGUUGUCAAGGUUACAGACCCACUUGUCAGUGUGUUGUAUAAACUGGAAUAUGAUAUCUGUCCGAUGGGUAUCUUGUAUGAAGCCAUGGAUAGAGCAAAAGAAGAGAUAUCUCUCAAUAUCGGAGAUGAAAGUGACUCUUAUUGGUGUAUGAUUGACAGGAUAUGGGAUGAUUACUUGCAUACUCCUCUCCAUGCUGCUGGUCAGAUGCUAAACCCAAGGAUCUUUUACACAGCUGGAUUCCAGCCUGAUACUGAGAUCAGCAGCGGCAUCGCGGCCUGUACAAUCCAACUGGGCAAGGCUCAUUACAAUGCCAGAAAAGCGUCUGCACAAUUGAAAGUGUAUGAGAAGAAGUUGGGCUAUUUCGACACAGAUCCAGCAAUGCAGCAAAUCAUGGAAUUACCACAAUGGUGGUUGACGCACGGGGCUCGCGUGCCCGACCUGCAGACCCUGGCGAGGCGUGUCCUGAGCCAGACGUGCUUCGGCGCCACCAGGUACAACAUCGACUGGAGCCUGUCGGAGAAGCUGCACGCCGAGUGGGACGAGAUGAUGCUGCCCGAGCAGGAGAGGUUCCGGCAGAAGGAGUACGUCCACUACAACCGCGUCCUCGCCCGCGCCGCCCCGCUCCUGCAUGGCUCCUCCGUGAAGCAGCACGACAGGGUCACCUUGGUGCUGCACGACUGGAUCAGGCCACAGAAACCGGCCGCUGGGUCGCCACUGACUGAGUGA